AUGGCUGAGAUUGCCUGGAGCUCUAGGAAGCAGGGAGGUUCAUCUAUGGCUCAGGGGUAUACAAUAGAAAAAUUUAUGAAAAUGAACCCACGAGCAUUUUUAGGAGUGGCUAAUUCUGCAGUUACGGAGAAUUGGAUGCAAGAGAUAGAGAAGAUUUUAAUGGUGUUUCAUUGCACCGAUGAACAAAAGGCGCCUCAUGGAGGCCAGCAGAGGAACACGGCGCCGGUGAGGGUAUAUGCAUUGACGCUGGGAGACGCUGAGACUGUUGGAGACGUUGUCACAGUUCAGAGUGCAAAGGCAGCAAAGUUUAUGCAUCUGAUACAAGGGCAGAUGACCGUAUCUCAGUAUGCGGCUUGGUUUAUCGAUUUGUCUCGUUUUGCUCCACAUUUAGCACCUGAUGAAAAGAAAAAGGCAAUGAAGUUUGCAGAGGGACAGAGACAAAACUUGUUUGAGUAG